AACACUUCGGCGAAGAAAAACGAUCAGGCCCGAUUGUAUUAAAAAUCAAUCUAGCCUACAGAAAUAAAUAAAUAAUAAAAUUUUUAUGUUACCGUAAAUUCGAAAACGAAAAUAAUGGAAUGCAAAUUGAUAAGGACCUUGGAGGCCCCGCCGGAGGUGAAGUGCUCUCGAAAUAUCUACGAAAUGAAUAACGACUCCAUGGUUUUUCAACAAAACGACCUUUUCUCUGAUGCCUUUCCUUGCAUGGAAGAUAUUCGAAGGCUGGGAAAAUUGUGCGACGUCGUCUUGAAGGUUGACGACCAAGCAUUUAGCGCACAUAAAAUCGUUUUGGCGUCCACAAUUCCAUACUUCCACGCGAUGUUCACAAAUGAUAUGAUCGAAAGUCGACAGAACGAGAUCAUAAUGCAAGGAAUUGAGGCGAAUUCUUUAGAGGCCCUAAUCAAUUUUGCGUAUUCGGGACGUGUCCAUUUGGACAAGAAUAAUGUUCAAAGUAUUAUGAUAGGCGCUUCUUUUUUACAACUUAACAAAGUCAGGGAUGCGUGUGCCACUUUCCUUUUGAAGAGGUUGCAUCCUCAAAAUGCUUUAGGCAUUCGACAGUUUGCGGACACCUUAGCUUGUACGUCGCUUGUGGAAUCGGCAACAAAGUACAUAGAGCAUUGUUUUCCAGAAGUGUCUCUUUCGGAGGAGUACUUACACUUACCGUUAAACGAAGUUCAAAGUUUGUUGACAAGAAACGAGCUCUGCGUUGAAAGUGAGGAACAAGUUUUUGAAGCUUGUAUGAGGUGGGUAAAGCACGCCGAAGGUAGAGCUGCAGAUCUUCCAGUAUUAUUAGCGCAGAUACGAUUACCUUUACUUUCUCCUUUAUAUUUGACGGACCGUGUUGCGACCGAAGAACUAAUCCGUACUUCACAUCAGUGUAGGGAUCUUCUAGAUGAGGCCCGCGUUUUCCAUUUAAUACCGGAACGGCGUCAUCUGCUGCAGAGCUUUCGCACGAAACCGCGCACCUGCGAGGCUCAAGGUUACAUUUACGUAGUAGGCGGACUAAAUCGACACGGCGAUUCGCUGAGCACGGUCGAGUUUUACGAUCCGCACGCCGGCGAAUGGCAGCUGGCGCCGCCUAUGUCGAUGCUGAGAUCUCGACUUGGCGUCGCCGUGCUACGCGGCAAACUGUACGCGUUCGGCGGGUACAAUGGAAAGGAUCGACUGGCUAGUGUUGAGGUGUACGAUGCCGUUCGAGAGGAAUGGUCUACGGUGUCGCCUAUGCAGUGUAAAAGGAGUGCAUUGGGGGCAACUUCGUUGGGAGAUUUAAUUUACGUGUGUGGUGGGUACGAUGGUGUGACAUCUCUAAAUUCGGUCGAAAGGUAUAAUCCACAAACGAAUUUGUGGAAUUCCCUAGCGCCCAUGAAUAAAUCGCGUAGCGCCGGCGCGGUUAUUGCAUGCCAAGGUUAUGUGUAUGCACUGGGUGGUCACGAUGGCUUGUCUAUUUUUGAUUCGGUGGAACGGUAUGAUGUUGCUGCUGACGUAUGGGUUGAAGCUGUGCCCAUGCAGACGAAAAGGUGUCGACUGGGCGUGGCUAUUUUAGGAGGGAAGUUGUAUGCCUGUGGUGGUUAUGAUGGCAGUUGCUUCUUACAUACGGUUGAGAUGUUUGAUCCCAACACGAAUAAAUGGACAUAUGUAGCAUCUAUGAAUGCCCAGAGAAGCCGUGUGGCUCUUACUGCAAAUAUGGGAAAAUUGUGGGCAGUAGGUGGUUACGAUGGGAUCUCGAACUUAGUAUCGGUCGAAGUGUACGAUCCAUGUUUGGAUAAGUGGACCUACGCAGCACCAAUGAUGGCACACGAAGGUGGUGUCGGAGUCGGUGUGAUUUCAUUGCCAUGAAUACAGCAUUUAUUUCCUCAUUUUUGUGAUAACAUAUUUUCUCAGUAUGCAUAGUGUAUUUUUAGUGCAUUUAAUUAAAUUAUUUUUGGGGGUGUAUAAUAGGGGAAUGAAAGGUGUGUGUGACGCCAAAAUACCUACCUAUACUAUAACAAUAUGGAACUGUGAUAGGUAUCUGUAUUGUUGGUUUGUUCAGAUAAUGGGUUGAAUUAUACAUGCAAUCAUGAA